UCUUUCUUAACAGGUGCAUACUGCUCGAUACAUAACAGAAUGUCAGUGGCCCGACCGGCAAAGUCCCUUCCAAGUGGUGUGAGUAGUACGAGCGACCGAGUUAUCUUGCGGUUCAGUCCACGGCGAUGCGCGCUUUCGUUGCCAUUCUCACAUUCGCCUUGUGGCCGGUGUGCGCUCGCGCGCUCGACGUGCCGCCCGAGGUACUCGCCGCGCUGCGUAUCGAAGGCACGCCGGUCGGGAAACUAGUGAUAUGCGGCCAAGCACUCGGCCCCACGAAAUGCCUGAGCGCACUGAGCGCUUGGCGCGCUUCAAACGCCGCCGAACACCUCCUCAACGACAAGGAACAAUCAUUCAACCUAACAGAGGACGUCGAGAGAUUUCCAUGGCAGAAAUACGCUAAUAUCUCUGACGACCAGAUUUAUUCGGAGCUGUGUGGUGGCGCGGAAAAGUUGCUUCAGUUUCGAUCGCUGAAGUUAAACGUAGGGUCUGGGUACUCGUUACAACUGAACUCUAGAGAAAACGGGGCUCUCAAUGUGGAUGUACAUUCAGUUUCAGACAAUGACGUUGAGUCUGCGCGUAGCUCGAUGAAGAAAAUGAGAAACCGGUUCUACUCGAUAGUUCCGCUGCUACUCAUACCGGGGCUCAUCAUGUCGGCCAUCCUGCCGUUCAUGCUGCCAGCGCUCAAGAUGAUGGUCAUGGGCGUGGUGAUGCUCAACAACAUGGCGCUCACCAGCGCCGUCUUCACGCUCCUCCGGAACAACGCCUUCAACGACAACUACCACCACAAGAAAAUCAUCUACACCAACGACGGCUACAAGGACAAACAUUACGAGCACGAUGAAACGCAAAACUAUGAGGCCGUAGACAACUUUGAAGAAAUAAACAGCGGAGAAGACUUUAAUAUUGUCGAAGAACCUAACCACACGUGGAUGGAUGAUUUUUUGGGUAAUGGAAAUAAAUUCGUUAACAUUCACGGAUAUAAGAAUAGGAGGAUUGGCAAUAAAAAACGGAAGAGGAAUCGUCGACAUAGAAACUAGAUAUUUAAUUGUAUUCAGAAUACUCAGUGCUUUAAUUUAAAUUA